AUAUCGCUCCAGUUUAUAACCAACAGCCCCGACCCUCGAAUUGCAUUAUCAUGGAACCUAGCAGCUGCCAGCUUCACAGUGCUUUGAGGCGCUCGUCAGAGCUUGGGCGUGAAGUUCUGAAGCGUGCUCAGAAUAGGAGAGUACAUUGGUCGCCAGAUAAUCAGUUAUGCAGUGGCGAAAGAGAAUCAGCAGAAUCUUCAGUUCAGAAAGAUGAGGCUAAACCAGAGUGGGCUGACAUUGAUGAAGCUUUUGCUUCAGUUCUACAAUGUUUGGCUCAUGCUAGCAGGCAGUGUAAGCACUACUAUAAGGAUGUACCACUGAAUGAAAGAGACAAAUUGGAAGAAAACCAUAUUCGUCGAUAUCACAUGGGACCAUCAAUCACCAAAGCUCCUGUUCGAUGCAGUGACAAAGUUCAUAUUCAAGUGGCACCAGGUUCUUACGCAGUGACAGCAAAAUCCAAAAUUUCAGAGAGACAGCAGACUCAUGUCAUACAUUUGGGUCCAGAUCAGACAAUCAAUCUUGCCUUUAAUGUUUGAAGUAUGUGCAAUAAAACGUUGGAUGGCUUGUGGCAAUAACCAAUGGCCCUGCAUUUAUUUUCAUUAAGGGGUGUUUGGAAUUUUGAAUAUCUAUGCAAUGGUCAUCUUUUACAAUUAAAAUAUUUUGUCCGAGCACUUGAAGACUGAGUGAAGCAACUCAUUUUGAAGUGAUGUUGCUUAAUUCAUUUGAAUGUAAUAGUUUUAAAACUGAACAUAUUUGAAUUAUAUAAUGUAUUUUAUAUAAUGGUCUUCAUAUGUGACAACUUUCGAGUUUUAAUAUAGCUGUUGUACUUUUAAAAAGCGAAGUGAUUAAUUUUCAAUAAACUUGACCAAUA